GGUCACUCAGUUUAGUCGAAAUGCGUCCAUCGAUUGCAUUGUUUCUGUUUUUAACGGCGGGUGCCUGCACCUUGUCAGUCUCAACACAACGUUCCUAUGAAAACUAUUCAGUUUACAAGGUUUUUGUUAAAACUCGAUCGGACCAACAGGUUAUUGACCAACUCCUGGAGCAAACAGACAAUUAUAACUUGUGGCACCGAGGAUUACACGAUGUUCAUAUAAUGGUGAGCCCCAAGGCAAGAGAAAACUUCCUAAAGAAUAUGCAAAAGGAAAAUAUUAAAGUCAAACUGUUGAUAAAAGACGUUCAGAAACUUAUUGAUGAGCAGCGUAAUAAUCUUGAAAAUGUUCUCUAAGUCAAACAUUUUAAUUAAAUUAUUUUGAUCAACGAAUAAGAGAACCUAAGUAUUGAUAUUGGAAUUAAUAAAUAAAGUAAAGCAAAGAACAUUGUA